CCCCCUCCCCAUGAGCCGCGGGGCCGAUGGAGCUGCACAUCCUGGAGCACCGGCUCCGGGUGGCUAGCGUGGCCAAGGCCGGCAUCCACCUCUUCACCCACGGGCUCCUCAAACUCGCCUUCCUCCCCGCCCGCACCCGAUGCAAAUUCUUCAGCCUGACGGAAACCCCGGAGGAUUACACCGUCAUCGUGGAUGAGGAGGGCUUUCUGGAGCUCCCGGCGUCGGAACACCUGAGCGUGGCGGAGGCCACCUGGCUGGCCCUGAACGUGGUGUCCAGCGGCGGCGGAGGCUUCUCCGGCUCCCAGCCCAUCGGCGUCACCAAGAUCGCCAAGUCGGUCAUCGCCCCGCUGGCCGACCAGAACAUCUCGGUCUUCAUGCUGUCCACCUACCAGACGGACUUCAUCCUGGUCCGCGAGCGGGAGCUGCCCUUCGUGACGCACACGCUGGCGUCCGAGUUCACCAUCCUGCGAGUGGUCAACGGCGAGACGGUGGCGGCCGACCUCCUGGGCACCAUCACCAACGGCUUCGCCAAGCCCAAGCUGGUUCAGAGACCGGUCAUCCACCCGCUGUCCAGCCCCAGCAAUAUGUUCUGCGUGACCAGCCUGGACCCCGACACGCUGCCCUCCGUGGCCACUCUGCUCAUGGACGUCAUGUUUUACUCCAAUGGAGUGAAGGAACCGGUGGUCGGCAACGAGGAGUGCGGCCACAUCCGCUUCUUCUCCUUCUCCCUCAUCGAGGGCUACAUCUCCCUGGUCAUGGACGUGCAGACCCAGCAGCGGUUCCCCAGCAACCUGCUGUUCACGAGCGCGUCGGGCGAACUCUGGAAGAUGGUCCGGAUCGGCGGGCAGCCGCUCGGCUUCGAUGAAUGCGGUAUCGUGGCCCAGAUUUCUGAGCCCCUGGCGGCCGCGGACAUCCCAGCCUACUACAUCAGCACCUUCAAGUUCGAUCAUGCACUGGUCCCCGAAGAGAACAUCAACAGCGUCAUUAACGCCCUCCAAGUCAGUCAGGCCGAGCAGCAGCGUUAGACGGGCCUGAGCCCUCACCUCCUCCUCCUCCUCCUCCUCCUCCUCCUCCAGUGCUCCCCUUCCCCACGCCCCCGGCCCCUCAUCGCCCCCCGGUCUCCCCUUUCUUGCAGUGGAGCAGGUGCACGGCCGCAGCGGUUGCGGGGCGGCAGGGGGCUUCUCCGGGCCCUGUGGCCGGCGACCCGGCCGACCCGUGCCGCUGCGGGGCCCGGGAGGGGGUCGGACCAUCCCCGAGAAAGCGGAGGACUCACACUCGACACUACUCUCUGAGGAGACCCCACCCCGGAGCCCCUCCGGUCCCCCGGAGGGACCCUUCCCCGAAAAAGCGGGGGACUCACACUCAACACUACACUCUCUGCGGAGACCCUACCCCGGAGCCCCUCUGGUCGCCCGGGGGGACCCUCCCCAACCUCAGCCCACACUCCUCACACUGGGGAGGGGGCCCCCCCCGCCACUCCCCAGCUCUGCCCCUCUCCAGGAGGGGUGCUGAGGUGGAGCCUCGUGGCUCGGAGACCAUUGAUUGCCAAUGUGGAGGGGCAAAGGAUAAGCCCCCCCGGGCCUAGGCCCCGUACGGAUGUCCCCCACCGCGGGGUUUCUAGGCCCCGCUGCCUGAUCGGGGCAAGGAGGGGGCGCCUGAACGACAGGGACUCGAUAUUGGGUGGGGGUCUCCCGGGGCCUAGCGCUAGGACGGCCCGGACGGACAUGCCUUCCGAGCCCCUGGACGUCCCCCCUCCCCAACUCCCAAGGGACCGGCAGGAACCUCGAUGCCCCCCGCCGCCCCAGGCCGUUCCCGCCCGGACCCCCGCCCCGAUGCUGGGGCAGGGGCGGGGGCGGUCCUCCGUUCUCCGAGCCUUCGUCAAUUUGCACAAAAUUCAGAAAGAACCAAAACUGUAAGUUGCUUCUUCGUUCCUUGAAGGGGCGGGGGGUCUCAGGGGGUCUCGGGGGGACCUACAAGACCACAGCAUCCGGGGACUUGGGGCCCACCCCCACACCUUCACACCUUGGCACGUGGAGGCCGGGGCGGCUUCCCGCCGCCCGGAUCUUCGGGCCUUCUAGACUUCCCCGGGACUCUUCACUCCCCGAACCCUCCGCCCCAAUUCCCCGCUCCUUCUCUGGGAAGAAGAAGGAAAGAAAGAAAAAGAGCCGAAUUCCCGGCGUUUCCCCAAACCCUCCUGUGCAAGUGCGAGAGCGCGUGCGUGUGCGUGAGACCCCCCCCCCCCCCUCCACGUCUAGGACUGUUGCACUGCGCUCGCCGCGGUCCGGACCGGCUGUACCCACCUAUAAAUACCCGUGUUUUAUGUUUCUAUAGAUAUAUACUGUAUAGAGCAUAUCUACUUGAGCAAUAUAUAUGUUACUAUA